CCUCCGGGCUCGGGCGGAGCCCCGGUCUUAUUUUGGAACUAGAAAGAAAAUACUGCUGGCCAGAGACAGGAGCUCACCGAACCCAGCCUGUUGUCCGGCAUGAACAAGCUAGCCCUGAUAACCACGGGCGCCAUUGUUGGCGGAGGUGUGACUCUGGCCUCCGUACCUGUGAUCCUGGGAGCUGCCGGCUUCACUGGGACUGGCAUAGUGGCGGGCUCCCUCGCAGCAAAGAUGAUGUCAGCCGCCGCGGUGGCUAAUGGGGGAGGAAUCGCUUCGGGCAGCCUGGUAGCGGUGCUGCAGUCUGUGGGAGCUGGCGGCCUGUCUACAAGUGUGAGUGCUCUUGUGGGUUCUGCAGGCUCAACCGUUGGGAGUGCCUUGGCUUUCUGGCUCAUCCCAAAAGAGCCUCCUGCGCCCUCGGACCCUGGGUGAGAUGGCAUAAAACCCAUCCUUUCCGAGGACCAAGGACUGGCCCCACAAGGGAAGGAAAUAAAUAGACAAAUAAAGGCCUGAUUUGACUUUU